GAAAAUUUAAUAUUGUAAGAUAGGUGAAUGAUUGAAGCUAAAUAAAUGAAAGUAGAGAGAUGUGAGGAAGGGAGUUGGUAAGAAAAUGAGUGGGGGUGAUGAGUGGAUUUUGUUGGAUUUUUGGUCAAGCAUGUUCGGAUCAAGGGUUAGAAUUGCACUUGCAGAGAAAGGGAUUGUUUAUGAGAGGAGAGAAGAAGAAUUCCCAAAGAAAAGCGAGGUUUUGUUGGAGAUGAAUCCAACUUAUCGAAAAAUCCCAGUUCUGAUUCACAAUGGCAAACCCAUCUGCGAGUCGUGGAACAUCGUGCAGUAUAUCGAUGAAGUCUGCUGCUUCACUCCGUUUCUCCUCCCCACCGAUCCUUAUGACAGAGCCAAAGCCAACUUCUGGGCUCAUUUCAUUGACCACAAGCUACAUCCCGUGAGUAUGAAGACAAUGAGGUACGAGACCAAGGCACAGUUGGAGGAAGCUGAGAAGGAGAUGGUAGAGUGUGUGAAGCUAUUGCAAGGUGAGCUCGGAGAGAAGCCUUAUUUUGGAGGGGAGAGAGUGGGGUAUUUGGAUGUGAUAUUAGGUGGAUUCUGCAGCUGGUUUUGUGCAUAUAAAGAGUUGGGAAGCUUCAGCAUUCUUGAUGAGUUCCCUAAGCUCAAGGCAUGGACGCACAGAUGCAUGCAACGCCACACCUUCUCCGCAUCUCUCCCCGACCCCGACAAGCUUUGCCAUCUUGUGCGCCGCAUCAGAAACCGCAACGCCUUGGACUUGCAAUGAAUCCCAUCAAUCACUAUUCACUAUUACAUCCUUUGUCUUCCAAUUUCUAAAGUUUUAAUAAAAUAAUCAAAGUGGAGUAGAAA